AGGCCAAGGAGAGGAGGGGCGGAGCUAAACUGGGCCCAGGCUGGGGGCGUUAUCCGUUCUCCCACGGUCCCUAGGUGGCCGAGGCGGGGUCUUUGCGGAGCUUGAGUAGCUUUGUUCGGUCUCCUUUGAGCCCUGCCUCGGCCUGGCGAGCAUCGGAGUCAGAACCAAGCCCAGCCGAACAUUCCGGAUCCGGGCCGAGCCGGCCGCCAGCUCGAUCCGCAGCCUGAGGUCACAGCGCCUCCCCCUUGGGCACCUCCCUCCUCUUGUCUUUUCCCCUCCCGCUCUGCAUCUCCGCAUCCUCCAUCCCUGCCCCCAAAGCCCUUUCUCCCGUCUUAGGGACUCUCAUCACCUUCCCGGACUGCUUCUGCAAACCUCUCCCCACCCCCUCCUCUCUCCAUUCCCGGCCUCGCUGACUUUCCCCUACAGCUGGGCUGGCCCAUCUCGGUUCCUCCAUCUCCUUCCCUAGUCCCCCACCAGCCCUUCACGUCCUCCUUUCCGUUCUCACUUCUCCUCCCUCUUCCACCUCCUUCCUCUCUUCCCCCAACUUCUAUCUGUCUGCUUCCGCCCCUUCCCCGUGCCAUUUCCGACUCCAUCCUGCAUCCCUCCUAUUCCCAACCCUCCGAGAGCACCCCUCGGGGUCCUGCCCCCCAGAGAUGCUCCCCUGACCACUUGGCCUCUAUGGUCCUGACGCUGCUCUUCUCUGCCUACAAACUCUGCCGCUUCUUCACCAUGUCGGGCCCAGAUCGGCUCUCAGUGCCGGUACCCAAUAGCACAGGAGGCAGCUGGUGGGCAGUAGGUGGUGGGAUUGCCCGAGAGGUAUCCCCGGGGACCAACAUAGAGGUGCAGGGCGCCCUGGAGCGGGUGCUGCCUGAGCUGCAGCAGGCGCUGUCCGGGCUCAAACAAGCGGGCAGCCCGGAUGCGGUGGGUAUUGGCCUGUCCGAAGUGUUCCAGCUGGUGGAAGAGGCAUGGGUCAUGCCCACCGUGGGACGUGAGGUGGCCAAGGGAUUGUGUGACACCAUACGCCUGGAGGGUGGCCUCGACCUCCUGCUACAGCUGCUGCAGGCAUCGGAGCUGGACACCCGAGUCCUGGCGGCUCAGCUACUGGAACAGAUCUUGGUGUCUGAAAAUAGGGACCGGGUGGCCCGCAUCGGGCUAGGUGUCAUCCUGAACCUGGCCAAGGAGCGGGAGCCGCUGGAGCUGGCCCGCAGCACUGCCGGCAUUUUGGAGCAUAUGUUCAAGCACUCGGAGGAGACGUGCCAGCGGCUGAUCUCGUCUGGUGGCCUGGACGCUGUGCUCUUCUGGUGCCGCCGCACAGACUCUGCGCUCCUGCGCCACUGUGCCCUGGCGCUGGCCAACUGUGCCCUGCAUGGCGGCCAGGCGGCCCAGAGGCGCAUGGUGGAAAAGCGAGCCGCCGAGUGGCUCUUCCCGCUGGCCUUCUCCAAGGAGGACGAGCUGCUCCAGCUGCACGCCUGCCUGGCUGUGGCCGUACUGGCCACCAACAAGGAGAUCGAGCGCGAGGUGGAGCGCUCCGGCACUCUGGCCCUCGUGGAACCCCUCGUGGCCUCCCUGGAUCCCGGGCGCUUUGCCCGCUGCCUGGUGGACGCCAGCGACACGAGCCAAGGUUGGGCAGCUGAUGACCUGCAGCGCCUCGUGCCCCUGCUGGACUCCUCGCGCUUGGAGGCGCAGUGCAUAGGAGCCUUCUACCUCUGCGCUGAGGCGGCCAUAAAGAGCCUACAGGGCAGGAGUAAGGUGUUUAAUGAAAUUGGAGCCACACAAAGCCUGAAGCGGCUGGUUUCCUAUUCAACCAAUGGUACGACAUCAGCUCUGGCCAAGCGGACGCUGCGUCUGGUGGGUGAGGAGGUACCCCGGCGUAUCCUGCCUUGUGUACCUAGUUGGAAGGAGACUGAGGUUCAGACUUGGCUACAGCAGAUUGGCUUCUCCAAGUACUGUGAGCGCUUCUGGGAGCAACAGAUAGAUGGAGACCUGUUGCUGCGUCUGACAGAGGAAGAGCUUCGGAAUGACCUGGGAAUGGAAUCUGCCAUCACCCGCAAGAGAUUCACCCGGGAACUCACAGAGCUGAAGACCUUUGCGAACUAUGCGACAUGUGACCGCAGCAACCUCGCAGACUGGCUGGGGAGCCUGGACCCCCGAUUCCGCCAGUAUACCUAUGGGCUGGUGAGCUGUGGCGUGGACCGCACACUGCUGCACCGGGUUUCUGAGCAGCAGCUCCAGGAAGACUGCGGCAUCCGCAUCGGUUUCCACCGGGUUCGAAUCCUCAAUGCUGCCCGUGAGAUGCUGCACUCGCCCCUGCCCUGCAGUGGCUGCAAGCCCAGCUGCGAGAACCCCGACGUCUUUAUCAGCUACCGCCGGAGCUCAGGCUCCCAGCUUGCUAGUCUCCUGAAGGUGCACCUCCAGCUACACGGCUUCAGUGUCUUCAUUGAUGUGGAAAAGCUGGAGGCCGGCAAGUUUGAGGACAAGCUGAUCCAGAGCGUCAUGGGCGCCCGGAAUUUUGUGCUGGUGCUGUCCUCCGGGGCGCUGGACAAGUGCAUGCAGGAUCACGACUGCAAGGACUGGGUCCAUAAGGAGAUUGUGACUGCCCUAAACUGUGGGAAGAAUAUUGUGCCCGUGAUGGAUGGCUUCGUGUGGCCUGAGCCUCAGUCAUUGCCAGAGGACAUGCAGGCGGUGCUCAAAUUCAAUGGCAUCAUGUGGUCCCACGAAUACCAGGAGGCCACCAUCGAGAAGAUCAUCCGCUUCCUGCAGGGCCGCUCAUCCCGGGAUUCCUCCGCUGGCUCUGACAACAGCCUAGAGUGCGCCAUCCCAUUGGGCCAGACUUAGACUCCUCCUUCCCCUUGGCCUUGUUCCUAUCACCCCUUGACUUCCACUAGUCCCUGGUUUCUCCCAACUCUUCCCCCCUCUCCCAUUUGAAGCAAAGGCAGCUCCACCUUGACUCUUGGGGUGUAUGUAAUGGCGCCAGUAAUGGAGCCACCUUGGAGAGGGGGACUGACGGCUACUCUUCUCCUACCCCUUCAUGCUCUCUUUAACAGUGACCUCAAGAUGGGGAGAAGCCAACCGGAAAGGAGGGGGGAAGAUGAGGCUGAAGUCCCCUCCUUCCACAACUGAGGGAAUGGAAGUGGAAUGGGGAAGAGAUAUAUGGGCUCUCCAUGAGUUGGUGACAACAGACCUUACCACCUCAGGGGGAAAAGGGCUGGGAGGGCCUUCAUGGCUCCCAGGUGAGCUUUCUGUUCUUGGGGCCCAAAAGGCUUGGCUCAGCUCAAGAUUCAUGUAGGAACAUGGGGCUUCAUCUGAAGCCAUCACCCCACCCUGCCUCAGGGCAUCUCCAGGGGAACCAGCAGGCACGAAGCUCUUGGUACCCAUGGGAUCUCACCAGGUAGGUUCUGGUGCCCUCUAACGGGAGAGUGAAGAAAGGCAGCUAAACCUCCUGGUUUAUUUAUUUAUUUAUAUAGCUCUGUACCAUUGCUUGGAAGAUCUGGCAGCCAGGUGGCACCAUAGUGGAUAGCAUGCUGGGCCCUGGAGUUAGAAAGACCCAAGUUCAAAUCCAGCCUCAGACACUUACUAGCUACGUGACCUUGGGUAAGUCACUUAACCAUGUUUGCCUCCGUUUACUCAUCUGUCAGGUGGGCUUAGAGAAGGAAAUGGUAUCUUUGACAAGAAAACUCCAAAAGUCACAGAGUCAGAAACAAUUCAAUAACCACCAAGUGAGAUAGGUGGGACACCUUUUUUUUAAGGGAGGAAAAUAUAAUUCAGAAUAUGGCAAAGCUGGGAAUUAAUCAUGCUUAAGCUUCUUUGACUCCAAAUCCAGGACUUUCUUCUGUCCCAAACCUAAAAGGACCCCCUUGAAUGGGUCUCAGUAACUUCUCUUCCCCCACUUGCCCCCACCCUGUUUCUGAUGCUUCCUCCCCAUUGCUUCCAUCUUCUAGUACUGUAAUGGGCCCCUCGCCCCACUAUCCUGUGGCCUUCCUUUAAACCACUCUGUGCUCUUAAUGCUCCACCCCCCAGCAACCUUCUGGGUGCCUAGUCCAUUCCCUGCUGGAUAUCUUAGUGUCCGAGCAUCAGGCUGGGGUAUGUGAGGCUACUCCUUGACUCGGCCUUAAUUUCAGUUCUCAGGAAGGGGAGUUUGGAAGAGGGACCCCAGCACCACGAUGGGCAGAGUAGCUUCAGGUGAGGGCAAGGUACAGCGAGCAAAGGAGAGCCCAAAGCCAGGGGCUACGGUGUUUAUUAGGCUCUCUUUGCUUGGAGAGGCCAGCUCUAAGCCAAUUCAUCAACAAGCAUUUUUUGAAUGGCUGCUGUGUGCUCUGCUAGAUAUUCUAAAUACAAAGACAAAAAGUGAAACUUUUCUUGACUUCAAGAAGCUUAAGAGACCUCUGGCUGCUUCUCCCCAUAAUGGGUCAUAAGCUGAUUGGGCUAGAAGAAUCCUAAAAGAUCCAGUCCAGCCCUUAAAUUUAUUGAAUUGUUUUCAUUAUCAAGAAUUAGUUUUAUUUUCUCCAUACUCCCCCAUCUCCACUGGAAAAACAAAGCAAAUCUACACAAUCAAGUGAAAGAAAUUCUUAAAUCCCCUUCAUUUUAUAGAUGAGAAAACUGGACCCUAAAGAGAGGGAAGUGACUAGUGUAAGAUCACAUAUUUAGUAAGUGGCUGAACCUGGAAGGCUGGGUCUGUUUUUUGCCUUUCUUUGUAGCCUCAUUGUUUGGCCUAGUGCCUAGAACAUAGUAAGCACUUAAUUAAUGCCUGUUCCCCAGCUGACCCCAAAUCCCCCGGCUCUUUCCAUUGAACCAUCCUGACACUUCCAGCUUUGGACAUCUGGACUUUUUUUUUAACCCUUACCUUCCAGCUUGGAAUCAAUACUGUGUAUUGGUUCCAAGGCAGAAAGAGUGGUAAGGGCUAGACAAUGGGGGUGAAGUGACUUGCCCAGGGUCACACAGCUGGGAAGUGUCUGAGGUCAGAUUUGAACCUAAGAUCUCCCAUCUCUAGGCCUGACUCUCAAUCCACUGAGCUCCCCAGCUGCCCCCAAGACAUCUGGACUCUUGAUAGCCAUUACCCCAGGCAACAUUGUUUCUCCAUAUUUGACCUAAUAACCCAGGCUACCCUGAGCCUCCUUUCCUCUCUCACCCACUCCCUUCCUACUAUGUCCCUUCAGACCAUAUCUGCCCAUCUGUACCAAGAAGGGGAAAGAAGUCUUCCCAGCAGCAACUAGCCUCGAACCUCCUGCGGUUGCUGGGAAGAGCCAGUGCCUCAUUCUUGGUCAAGAGCAGGGACUUAAAGCUAGGAAUGGGUGUGUAUGAGAUGGGCCUCAGGUGGGAUGGGCUAUGAUUUCUCAUAACCAAUAAGAGACAGUUGGCUUUCAUAUGUUAAUAUUUAAUUUUAACAAUUCUGGCUCCUGAGAGCUAUUAUGGCCCUUGCCUUGCCAAUUAUGAAUAGCUACUUGCCAGAAGGCGGUUGAUAUCUUCAGUCUCCUCUCCUCCAUCCUAAAAAUCUUUUUUUAAAAAAACAACAACCAAAGAAAGUGGGGAAAACUGGUUCACUUGAGGAGGAAAUAAGAUCUCAACAGCAUUAGAGUUUGUGGGUUGCUACUCUACAGAUUUCUAUAAAAGUUCUUGUGGCACAGGCCUAACAGUGUGGUGCUGGUAGGUGAUAUGUGCACUUAGAACUAGGAGACCAUAAACAAACACUUGAAUUGAACCCUCUGCAGCAAGCACUCUGGUAGCUUGCUGAGAUUGUCUUAAUUUCUUCAUCUGAUCAGGAAUAUUCUUAGCCUCUGGCCUGGGCCAAGAAUAUUAGGAUCAUCACUCUAGGUUUUAGCUAUGACAGACCAACAGAAGACCCAAUGCUUACCAUGCCUACCCUAGUAACUUGGGGUCUUAAAAUGAAUCCUGGGGAGGAAUUCCCUCUGGCCAAAGAGACCCCAAAGAAAGCCGAUCCUCCCUCCAAGACUGGAGGAUUGCAAACAUGAUUACACCAUAACCCCAAUCUUGUAGCUUUUACACAGACCUCUACCCCUUUCCACUAAUGAAAAAAAACUCUCAAAAUGUUUUUAUUAUCCCUUCUUGACAAUGCUGUUAUUCUAAUCUGCAGCCCCUUCAAUAUUCACUUCUUCUGCUCAAGUUGCUUUGACUACUGUCCAGAUUAUCCUCUCAUCCUUGGGCCUCAGUUUCCCACCGCCUGAGUUCUUUCUCUAGAAAACCAGGGUCUAGGUAAAGUUAACUAGUCCACCGAGGGCCAAGUGAACUUCUUUGGAGAGAAUGAAAGAUAGACUCAAGUCCACAAGCUGGACCUGGCUGGAUCCAUUUGAAAUAGGUGAAGCCAGUGAACUGGUCCUUCUUACCCGACCCCAACCCCUGCUGGGGGUAAACUGCUGAUCUUGGCCACUGUUGCUGCCAGGGAGGGAACUUUGAUCUGCUCACCUUUGGACCAGAGACCAGCAUGGGAUGCAUCUGUCCCUGAGAGACAGGGCUCACGAACUGGCCUUUACUCUCUUCAUAAGCCCCAAGUAUCUGGGUUUGGGCGUUGGAUCUGUGCUCGAGUGACAUUGGUGGGAAUCUUAGAUCACCAUGGCAACCCUAACUCUGGGUUAUGAGUCAGCAUCCCUUGGAGAUCAAGAGCGAACUGAAGAAAAAUAGCAGGGAGCCCAAUGAGCUCCCACCUAUCUACCUAUCCUUUCUCUAGCCUUCCCAAGAGCAAGCUAAUGGAUUAGUCAACCAAAGUCCUUGACUCUGUCUAGUCUAGAAUGACCCCAUCUCUCAGACUCUUAGAGGGCCAGAAAGGACAGAACAGAAAAAUAUAUAUAUAGUAGAGGGAGGAGAGCUCAUCUGUGUUGGGUCUUGUCAACAGGCUUCAGAAUGAUCCUCAGACUAAAUGGAGACUAAAGAAUGGGGUAGCUAGAUUGGGCAGUGGAUAGAGCACCAGACCUGAGACAGGAAGAACAAAGUUCAAAUCUGGACUUAGACACUUACUAGUGACCCAGGGCAAAUCACUUAACCCCGCUUGCCUCAGUUUCCCAGUGUCAGAAGGAAAUGGCAAACUCCUCCAGUAUCUUUGCCAAGAAAAUUCCAAAUGCAGUCACAUGUCUGAAAAAUGACUAAAGAAUGAGGGAGUUUGGCUAGAUGGCCACUGUGGUCCCUUCCAGUUUUAGAUCUAGGAUUCUAUAUGUCAUUUUGCUUCACUCAUCCUUGGUCUUCUUCUCUUUAAAAUGAAAGCAUUAAGGCAGCUAGGUGGCACUGUGGAUAGGUCUAGAGUCAAAAGGGCCUGAUUAAAUCUUGCCUCAGACAUGUCCUAGCAGUGUGACCCUGGAAAAGUCACUUAACCCCAUUUGCCUAGCCCUUCUCAUCUGUCUUGGAGCUAUUUUAAGACAGAAAGAAAGGGUUUAAAAUAAUAUUCAAUCAGUAGGGCAUUGAUUCUCAGGUCUCUCAAGGUCUUUGAUAACUCUUUCACAAGCUAUGAAGAAGUAGAGGUGCUUUUCUAAGAGGUCAAAUUAAGUCUCAGAGAAAGCAAGGAAACUCAGGCUCUUGCCUCCCUUGAGAAAGUGAGGGAAGGCAUGAAGCAGAAGAUAGGGUGUUGGUCCUGGAGUCAGGAAUUUUGAGUUCAAGUCAUGCCUCUGAUAUUUGCCAGCUAUGUGACCCUAAACAAGUCACUUCAUCUCUUGGCCUCAGUCUCCUCAUCUGUGAAAUAGAAUUUGACAAUCUCGAAGGUCCCUUUUAGCUCUCCAUUUAAUGAUCCUAUAUACCUCCCAGGCCUAAGCCAUACUUAGCCCACUGCUAAACCAAGACUUCCAAUAGCCAUAGAGAAAAGAGGGGUAGAAGGUUCGGUGUCUCUUUUGAAAUUAAUUCUAGCCAGGUGGAUAUAUGCCCAUCCAUGAUCCAUAGUUAUUCAAAGGACUAGAUCUUUACAAUGCCCCCAAAGAAUGAUAUAAGGAUAUAAGAGUGAAAUGAUUUCAAUCUUUCUGCACCAAAAGAGGGCCUCCCUCAUUGGAGAGGUCUUGGAGCAGGGACCAGAAGACCACACAUCUGGGGUGUUAUAUGCUGUUUACAGAGACAUCAAAUGGAGGAGAGCCUCAACAGCAAUCCUAAGAUGUCCAUGAGACAGGAGAGGGAGUUGGAAGGAAAUAGGGUCAAUUUAUGGUACCACCAUCCCUCCUGUGGGGGACUCGGGUUCACGUUUUCCCUAUCAGCUGCUCCCCUCUGAUCUCUGAAGAGCUCUUUUCAGUGCCUGGGCACCCAUCAUCAGGGGUCCCAUUCUGGAAUGGUAAGGGUGCAUUUAUGUCCGGUCACUGGAGAGAUCUCUGGCUGAGAUGAUCAACAUUUUAUUGAUUAGCUGGGAUGAUGCAAAGCCCUGAAUGCCCAAAGGGCACAUCUAAGAAUCAGGCAUCAAUUCAGACUUUUGUUCUCCAUCCGAGGUCACUAUUUCCACCCACCCACCCAAAUCUCAUUCUGUGUCCAACUGGUCUCCAUCUCAGUAUUAAACAUUGGCUGAAUGCCCACAGACUACAUGGCCCUGGACUGAGCAGAUGGGCUAGACAGGGUCCUGGUUAGACAUGGUCUCUGCCUAUUGAGAGGUCAACAAAACCAAUGGCAUAAAGAAACGAGAUUUCUGAAUUCCAAGGAGGCAGCCAGCCUUAGCAUUCCUGAAGGUUCUUCCCCUUGUUUCCUUUCCUUCAACUUCUCUGGGGUCAAGGAAUCCCAGAAAGGUGCAGUAAAAUAUCAAAAAGCCACCAAAGAAUCAAAGGGCACUUCCAGCUACUCCAAAGGGCACGAUUCGAUGGGCAUUGAAAGCCAAGCUAGCCCCAAACAUCUCCCCUAAUCACUGUCACAGUCAAUGACAGAAAAGCAUCUGUUAAAAGCUACGUGCCAAGCACUAGGGCUAAGGAGCCAAAGGGCAGGGGCAAGGAUUAGAGCCUGAGGCUCCUGACCCCACUUUAGUGAUCUUUCCACCAAGCCGCACUGAGCCCCCAUCCUGCUUAUCCUUCCAUGGAUCUCUGAUCUUGAGGGCACCCCCCCCUGGUGGUGAAUAUUGCAACCCAUCCACAUUCAUCCUCCAUGUCUCUCAUCCAAAUCCUCCCAUAGAUCUACUGAUAUGAAGGCAACCAAGUGAUUCAGUGGCUAGAGAGCCAGGCUUGGAAAUGGAAGAUCCUGGGUUCAAAUCUAGCCUCAGAUAUUUCCUAGCCAUAUGACCCUUCUCAAAGUACUUAACCCUCAUUGCCUAGCCUUACCAAAUCUGCCUUGGAACCAAUACAUAGUACUGAUUCUAAGACAGAAGAUGAAGAUUUACAAAAAUAGUCUACCAACAUGCCAGUGGCCUUCCACUAGGGCUAGCCAUAAUCUACGGGUACCAGUGAAGCCUUGGGACUCUUCUAUCAUCUCUCUUGCCACAGCUCCUUUCCCAAUCACACAUUUCAUGGAUCGUAUGUUAUACAAGUCCUUGCCUACAAGUAAUUACAAAUAAAAAUAUCCAUUGAUUCAUCA